AUGGUCGCUGCGUCACAAAUCGCUCCAGACGACGUGAUCUGCGAUGCGCCAGCAUACUGCGUCUGUACCUUCGAGGAGUGGCGCAAGCGCGUCUGCGCGUCCUGCUUCUCUCUCGCCUCUGGUCGGCUCACGGUGCGGUGUCCCAACUGCGAGCACGCAUUCUACUGUAGUGAGCAAUGUCGAACGAGGCAUCGGAUCGAGGGGUCGGUGGGCUCAGCGCCGCACGGGCGCGUCUGCGCAGCGCUGCGUCGCUUUGCGCCGCUGCGAAAGUACGGCAAGUCGACGGCCAACGUACUGCGCCUGCUGCUGGAGGCACUCGCAUGCCGCGCCGACGCUACCGACGCUGCCGACGCUGCCGACACUGCCGACGGCCUGUUCGACGCGCUGGUGCACCACCCUCCGCACUGGAGCCAGCCCAAGGAGGCGCAGGAGUGGGCGCGUGUCUCGGCGGCCUUCCGCACGCUCCUCUCGCGGUGCGAUUGGUGGCACGCGCCGCCGCCGAGCGACGACGAGCUCUUCGCGCUCGUCAGCCGCCUCGACUCCAACAUCUUCGGCUGCUUCGUCCGCGACGACGGCGCAAUCUUCGGACACGCCUGCUACCUGCAGGCGGCCACCUUCAACCAUUCCUGCGAGCCCAACUGCGUGGCCAUGAGAGGCGUCGCGCGGAUGCGCAUCGUGGCGCAGGAGGCCGUGGCGGCGGGAGAGCCCCUCACGAUCUCGUACAUCGACGCCAACCGGCCCGUGCACGCGAGGCGGAAGGACCUGAGUGACCACUACCACUUUACAUGCGACUGCCCACGCUGCACUGCCGAGGCCACCAAUGGCGCCGUGCGCACCAAGCUAACCUAUGGCGGGGGCGGGGCGCUCAGGCGCGACGCCGCGGGCAAGGAUGCGCCGCGACGUGGGGGCGUGGCUAGCCCCCUCCCCAAAGCUCCUCCUCCACCUGCGGCGGCUACGAAACCUACCCGUCCCUGGUUCGAGGCUCUUGCGUGA